GAAAAAGAGAGGGGACAUAUUUUAAUUCUCUGAAAUUGUUAAUACCUCAAAAGUCUAGCCCUAUAAAAAUCCUAGCAGACGAACAGUUGUGUAUGUUGCUCGAGAAAUUAAAUCGAGUCACCCAAACUCCUAAUGAUUCUCAAAUUUACAUAUUAUUUUAUUUAAUUUAAUACUAUAAGAAUAAGAAGUUUAGUAUAUCAGGAUUUGUGUAUCAAGCAGGUGUCCGCCAUGAACAACGGAGACAAUCUUGAAAAGCCAGAGAUUGCCUCCAUACAACUGCGGAGACUGAAGGUAAUUUCAGCACUUGGCCGCGGAGCUAAAGGAGUGGUGUUUUUGGUUCAAACCGAAAACGGUGAGUUGCUUGCUCUGAAAACUAUUUUGAGAGCUUCAAUCGAGAAGAACAAGGCAAGUAGGAACUGCGAAUACAGGAGAAUCUGCCUCGAGCGUGACGUACUCAAUUCUUUUCAGCAUCCGCUUCUGCCUAAACUCAAAGGAGUUGUGUCGACGGAUAAGAUUGUCGGAUAUGCCAUUGAUUACUGUCCUGGUGGUGAUCUCAAUUCUCUCCGGAAAAAACAAACUGAAAAGAUGUUCUCCGACGAUACUAUAAGAUUCUACGCGGCGGAGUUAGUGCUGGCAUUGGAGCAUCUUCAUAGAUCAGGAAUUGUAUACAGAGAUUUAAAGCCAGAAAACGUGAUGAUUCAAGAGAACGGUCAUAUAAUGCUAAUCGAUUUUGAUCUGUCUACAAAACUUCCACAUAAAAUUACUCCAGAAGCACCGCUAAUAGAAACAGCCAAACAAUCUGAACAAACCGCGUUGAAGAGCAAAAAGAAGAACCGGUUGUCCCUCUUGAAUAAAUUUUGCAACUCUGGAAUAUCUCCAGAUGAUUCAAUUCACUCGGCUCGAUUCGCUCCUGACUCGGCUCCUCUCGAAUUCGACCCGAUGGAGAAGUCAAAUUCAUUCGUUGGAACGGAGGAGUAUCUGGCGCCGGAGAUCAUCCUAGGUAACGGCCAUGAUUUCUCGGUGGACUGGUGGUGUUUAGGAGUUGUGCUGUAUGAGAUGCUGUACGGAAUGACGCCGUUUGGGGGCUCAAAUCGAAAGGAAACAUAUUAUCGAAUACUUUCGAAGGCGCCGGAUUUAGUAGGUGAGGCGACGCCGUUGAGAGACUUGAUAAAGAAGUUACUUGAAAAGGAUCCGAAGCAGAGGAUGUCUGUGGAUGAAAUUAAAGGUCACUAUUUUUUCAAAUCCGUAGACUGGAAUUUUAUAGUGCAUCUUCCAAGGCCGCCGUUUAUUCCUGUGCCGUUUGAUGAGGACUUGAGUAAUUUAGAGGAGAAUAAUGAAAUUGAUGUGGAGUUAUUUGUACAAGGAGUGUUUAAAGUUGAAGAGGAGGAAGAUGAGGAGUACUGCAAAUCUAACCAUGGUGAUGAAAGUUAUGCCACCCAAGUUGAUAAAUUUUUGGUAUUUUGAUUAAUCUUCUAAUUUAAGUAUCUUUCUGCAACUGCAA